AGACAAGGAGCCUUUCUUCCCUUGACAAGCUCCGGCUGCCUGCAACAAAAUAUCCGGAGUGGGGAUUCAUUGGUUGUAUCAGUCUCCCAUGAAAUCUUCCAGCACGAGGAAUACCUCGAGGUGAGAAUAACUCCAUCCUGAAGAUUUGGCCUCAGGCAAACAGUAGAAGGAGAAGCCCAACCCAAACUAUUCCAUGGCGUGCGGCCCCGGAACCCAGAGCAGAGCGUUUGUAAAUACCUGGAGGAUUUGGCUCCACUGGCAGCACUUUUCCCAACCCAGCCAAGCUAAAGGAGAGGGGAGGCUCCAAAAGAGACCGGUUUUCCCUGAGUUUUCCUAGAGAAAAGGGCUCUGGGAAGGCAGGAGGGCUGGAGGCACCGGGCACACCCCUGCCUGUCCCAGCGGAUCUGCUCCUUCCUCGGCACAGGGCGGGACCUCUCGCCUGCCUGAGCAAUUCUUUUCAAACUCUGGCUCCUGCAUUUCUGCAGAGAAAUUCACCACCUGGUUCAGCUCGUCCAUUAUUCCUUCCAGCUCCUCUUUGCCGCGUCGGGGCGGGCAUUGAGGAGGUGGAAUUUAUCCCGGAACGUGUCCCAUUGUUUUCUUCCCUGGCCAUUGACUCGGCCAACAUCUGCUCCCGUUAACCCUCGCUGGCCCCACAUCUCCGGUGAUCCUUUAUGACUCCAGAGCACUUGGCAUUGUGUCGGCAACAGCCGAGGUGUCCCGAGAGAAGAAAACCCUCCUUUUGCUGGGGUGGAAUGGGAUUUGUGCGCUGAAAUCCAUCCUGGAUAGCUCAGCAAUAAGCAACAAUCACGGGAGGUAAAUCAAAGUGUUUUCUCCCUAAAAAAAACAUUUUCCACACACUCUCGUCGUGAAACCUGGUGGCUUCAGCUCCCCUUCCCUGCCAGGCUCUUGGGAAUCACCUCAAACACUGCAAGAUUAAUCGGUUUUAUCUGUUCUGCUGUGGGUUUUUUUUCUACUUUUGGGCAUGAAUUGCUUUUCACCCACUGCUCUGCCACAGGGGCUUCAUUGCAAGCAGCGUGGAUACCUAUGGAUCCCAUAUGGCUCCUCUGGGAAAGAGCUCCAUGAUAAAUACUGGAAAUAGGCACGGAGCAGAUGGGAGGGAAGGGGCACCAGUUCUAACAGCAAAAUCCUCACUGCCUUCGCACGGUAACAAGUCCUGGGAUGUGGGAAGGAAUAUAUUAGGAAGGACAAGAGGUGUUUUGAGAGAUGCAGCUGCACUUUGCAUGCGGUUCUGGUCCCCUUCCCACUGUGGAGAGAAGAAGAGAGGAUUUGACGUUUCAUUUACAAGGCAUUUCGGGCUCUGCGGCUCCUGAAGAGCCGGGAGGGAAGUGCCACAGGGAGGGAAACGUGACAGCGCAGACAAAAGGAGCCUGAGCGGCGGCUCCGCUCGCAUACAAAUGCAGCCAGGUAGGAACACCUCCAGGAACACCUCCAGGAGCUGCCCCGGGCCGGGCAGCCCCCUCGGCCGGCGGAAUGGGCUCUCACAAGGCCUGUGACCCAGGGGCCAGGUCGGGGCCAGGCUCUCUCCCGGCGGAAUUCCGCUCCGGCCGCACCGGCACGGGGCAGGGAGCGGCUCUGCGCUCCCCGGGAGCGGAGCGGGGCUCCCAGCCCCCUGAAAGGCUGGGAGAACAAAAGCGAAGCGAUCUGGGCUCUUAAAGAAGCUUUCAGCCCCAGCUUCUGCAGGACGGAAGGCAUCCAAGGGAAGCAGAGAGGCAGCUCCUUCCAGCGAGCCGCGGCAAGGCAGGGGCGGCACCGGCGGGGUCCGGGGCACGCCAGAGACCCCGAGCUGGGCUGGAGAGCAGGAUGGGGAAUUUCAGAGCUAACACACACGCAGACAUCGGGAAUAAGGGCAGAAGGGCGGCCGCAGUGCCUCGGCCAAACCCUCACCCUGCCCAUCUUCCCUACAGGAACCGUUCUGUGGGAAGGUGAGGGAGCACCGAGGGAUCACCUCUCGUGUUCCCGCUGCUCUUUUCCCAGGAAUCUGCAGCUCAGGGGCUUCCCCAGAUGGCGACAGCCCUGCUUUCCACAGCUUGUCCCCUUCUCCCACGGAACCCACUCCCAAGCCCACACAGUCCCUCGAUGCUCCGCGGCUCCGAGGAGCUGAACCCCGGCAGCGCCUCCGUGCCUGGUUCCCUGCUCUUAUCACAUCGUGGGAUGCCCGCUAAUGCUCACAGCGCAGCAUCCCGGCCUCCAGCAGCGUCUCAGCACGUUCCUGGCUCCAGAACCUGCUCUGCAGUCCCUCUGGCACAUCCCUGGCUCCAGAAUCCUCUCUCCAGUCCCUCUGGCACAUCCCUGGCUCCAAAACCUGCUCUGCAGUCCCUCUGGCACAUCCCUGGCUCCAGAACCUGCUCUGCAGUCCCCCUGGCACAUCCCUGGCUCCAGAAUCCUCUCUCCAGUCCCUCUGGCACAUCCCUGGCUCUAAAACCUGCUCCCCAGUCCCUCUGUCACAUCCCUGGCUCCAAAACCUGCUCUGCAGUCCCCCUGGCACAUCCCUGGCUCCAGAAUCCUCUCUCCAGUCCCUCUGGCACAUCCCUGGCUCUAAAACCUGCUCUGCAGUCCCUCUGGCACAUCCCUGGCUCUAAAACCUGCUCCCCAGUCCCUCUGGCACAUCCCUGGCUCCAAAACCUGCUCUGCAGUCCCCCUGGCACAUCCCUGGCUCCAGAAUCCUCUCCCCAGUCCCCCUGGCACAUCCCUGGCUCUAAAACCUGCUCCCCAGUCCCCCUGGCACAUCCCUGGCUCCAAAACCUGCUCUGCAGUCCCCCUGGCACAUCCCUGGCUCUAAAACCUGCUCCCCAGUCCCCCUGGCACAUCCCUGGCUCUAAAACCUGCUCCCCAGUCCCCCUGGCACAUCCCUGGCUCCAAAACCUGCUCUGCAGUCCCUCUGGCACAUCCCUGGCUCCAGAAUCCUCUCUCCAUUCCCCCUGGCACAUCCCUGGCUCCAGAACCUGCUCUCCAGCUCCAGCAUAACUCUCAGCAGGGCAAUCCCUGCUUCCAUGAUGAAACUCAUGAUGAAACGUUACAAAACCUUUGCUGGAGCAAAUGGACGGGUGGAUUAAGUGCCAAAAAACUCAA